GUUAACAGCGUUACGCCCCCACCCCUCGUCUCUCUCACUGGAGCUUUGACUUCCAGCAAACACCAAUAAUAAUAAUACUUGCUCAUACAUCUCUCUUUAAUUCUACACAUACCAUUCAUACAUACAGAUACACAUUACGCUUUGCACCGGUACUGUUUAUAAGAGUCCGAUCGCUUCAUCCUCUGAUUUCCGUACUACUUCCUUGUUCCGUGAUUCCGUGAAGUUGAAGAUUGCAGGCACACCCAUUUCUCGAACUUCUCCGCUUCUUCUGCGCUUCACACUGGUUAGUUCAAGUGGCAAGAAUUGUGUGCUGUAGUUUGAGUUUGGAAUUUAGUACUGGUUUGCGGAGAUUAUAUGGGAAUGUCGAGGCAUGAACUAUAGACUUGAAAUAUGGGGUGUGUUUUGGGCCGGGAGACCUCGUCCGGCAUAGUAUCUGGAGGGAAGGAAGAUAGGAGAGUUGAUAAUUAUGACAGGAGGAGUAAGACUACAAGUUUUGAGUCUACUACUGAGACCGACGAGACUUCAGGGGUCAGCAAGGUAGAUGCAGUAAAUGGUUCUGCUGAAGAUAAAGAUGGUGGUGAUGUGAGUAAAAGGGAGGAAAGGAUAGAUGGUGAUGGAAGAUCUAAGAGGAGGUCUAAGCCAAACCCGAGGUUGAGUAAUCCACCUAAGCACAAACACGGUGAGCAGGUUGCUGCUGGAUGGCCAUCCUGGCUUUCAGCUCAUGUUGGGGAAGCAAUAGAGGGCUGGCUUCCUCGACGUGCUGACACUUUUGAAAAAAUUGAUAAGAUCGGUCAAGGAACAUACAGCAAUGUAUACAAAGCAAGGGAUACGAUAACAGGAAAAAUUGUUGCGUUAAAGAAAGUGCGCUUUGACAAUUUAGAACCAGAGAGCGUGCGGUUCAUGGCAAGAGAAAUAAUCAUUCUUCGGCGUCUUGACCAUCCCAAUGUUAUAAAAUUGGAAGGUUUGGUUACAUCAAGAAUGUCAUGUAGUCUGUACCUUGUAUUUGAGUAUAUGGAGCAUGAUUUGGCUGGACUUGCUGCAAGUCCAGAUAUUAAGUUCUCGGAAGCCCAGGUGAAAUGCUACAUGCAUCAGCUUUUGUCUGGACUUGAGCAUUGUCACAAUCGUCAUGUGCUCCACCGUGACAUUAAGGGGUCAAAUCUUUUGCUGGACAAUUCAGGGAUACUCAGAAUUGCUGAUUUUGGGCUGGCUACUAUUUUCGAUCCUGGCCAUAAGCACCCAAUGACUAGUAGAGUGGUCACACUCUGGUAUAGACCACCUGAGCUUCUUUUGGGUGCAACUGAUUAUAGUGUGGGUAUUGAUUUAUGGAGUGCAGGGUGCAUUUUAGCAGAAUUAUUGGCCGGAAAGCCUAUUAUGCCUGGUCGUACAGAAGUAGAGCAACUACAUAAGAUAUAUAAGUUAUGUGGUUCACCAUCUGAUGAAUAUUGGAAGAAGUCUAAGUUGCCUAAUGCAACAUUAUUCAAGCCACGAGAGCCAUACAAGCGAUGCAUUAGAGAGACAUUUAGAGAUUUUCCUGCAUCAUCGUUGCCACUAAUAGACACACUGCUUGCAAUUGAUCCAGCAGAACGUAGGACUGCAACUGAUGCAUUGCAUAGUGAGUUCUUCUCCACAGAACCUUAUGCUUGUGACCCCUCUAGUCUCCCAAUAUACCCUCCAACCAAAGAGAUGGAUGCGAAACGACGUGAUGAUGAGGCUCGAAGGCUAAGGGCAACUAACAAAGCUCAGGGUGAUGGCACUAAAAGAUCGCGUCAUCGUGACCGUGCUGUUCGUGCAAUUCCUGCACCUGAUGCCAAUGCUGAACUUCAAGCUAACAUUGAUCGGCGACGCCUCAUUACUCAUGCAAAUGCAAAGAGCAAGAGCGAGAAGUUCCCACCACCACACCAGGAUGGAGGACUUGGUGUUCCUUUGGGGGCCUCGCAUCAUAUUGAUCCUUCACUUGUACCUGCAGAUGUGCCUUUCAGUUCAACCUCAUUCACAUACUCCAAGGAACCAGUCCAGAACUGGUCUGGUCCUUUAGUAGAGCCUGCCACUGCUGGUGGUGGAAGGCGGAAGAAGCACGCUGCAGCUGAUGUCAGGGAUGGCAGAAAACAAUUUCCAGGGAGAAGAAGAUAGAUUGUGAGUAAUUCUGGAUUAUAAGAGACAAACUGAGCCUCUUCAGGAAAUCCAGAAAGAGAGAGUCUGGCCUACUCAGUGUCGCCAAGGCCUUGAAAACCUAUACAACAAGUCACCAAGGCCAUUUAGUAUGUGCUCACUCUAAAUAUAUAUUUUUCACAAAUAUUUUCCCUUUUUCACAGCUGUAGAAAUCAAUCUGUUUGGACAUGACUGCUCAAUUGUUUCGGAGCCAAGCUGCUUCCAUUGUCUAUGUUUCAUUAGCAUUAAAGAUCCUUGUGCAAUGAUUUACUAAUUACAUUUACUUGACAGUUUAGUAAAUUUUGAUUCUUAACACCUCCAAAUCUCGG